CGAAUUCGAGCGUGUAUGUUUUUGUGUUCGCUCUUGGGUCCAAGGGACGUGUCACCUUGUGCGUGUAUCGCGGAUGACCCGAGAGACAAAUCGGGUCUAAAGAGGAUUAGCGAGCAGUUUAACCGCAAAUGCCUAAAGAUGGCUUCGGCAGAUGAGAAAGACAUGAGAUUGACGGAGCAAGACUACAGAACCCAUGAAAUCCACGAGGAUUUGAAAGACGCAAGGGAAGCUCUUGCAUGUCUCAGCGUUCUAGCUGAGAAAGCUCGUAAACGUCCUGAAAAAUAUAUUCAAGCACUGAACGCCAAAAUGAUCACUCUGACUCAGAAGACGGCUACUGCAAAACAGAAAAUAGAAAGUAUGAGUGAGAAAUACCACAUGACCGUAGAAAUUAACGAGCAUAUACAAGAAGCAAAGGAAGCUCUUGCCUUUGUCAAAAAUAGAGUUGACAAAUGUGCUAGAUGUCCUAAAAAACACUUUCAACGACUGGAGAUGAAAAUUUCCCGUCUGGUUGAUAAGCUCAAUGAAAUUGAAGCGAACAUUAUAAUAAAAAAUACGGAAGAUCUAGAUCGCAGACAAAAAAGCCAAUCUUCAAUACCCGAGAGUCCCAACACGCAUAGAAUAUCACUUGAUACGCUGAUCGAAAGUAUUGAUCAACUCACCGUAGAACGUGAUAGUAUUCCAGUAACGCUUCGUGAAUUGCUUUCACUAAUCAGAAGUUACAAUCCAAGAACGUCAAGAAUGCAUAAAGUAUAUGAUGUGAUAGCCCGUAUAGUCAAUUCAUAUGACCAAGCGAAAUUGGAGUUGCGUUCACUGGAAGACGAGGAAACUAAACUUAACAACUCGAUCGAUGAUUUGACGGAUGUGGUAACAGCAUUCAGUUACAGAGAGGAAUUCAAAAAGCUAUUAGAGAGAAGUGAUUCGGUCCUUUCUAUGUUAAAGGGGAAAAAAUAGCGUGUAGCUUAAAUUGCAGGUCAAAAGUAAAAAAAAUAGAUUAAUAUUUAUAUUAUGUAACCAUUUUUAUACGUAAAUAAAUAAAUGAAAAUAAAACAAAA